AUGGAGUUCGCGACUCCCGAGAGACGAGAGCGUCCCUCGCGAGCUGCAGCUCCCAAGAGUUUUAAGGAUCCUGAAAGCGAUUCUGACGAGCCUAUCGUCCCACGCCUCCGCCCAGUGUCUUCCACAGGAGCUCGCGUUAUUCACGUCAAGAAUGAGACUGCGGACUCUGGCUCUGGCCCUGCAAUCGAGACUUCUCCUCUGGCCACCAUAAACCAGUCCACUUUGCUUAAGAAACGAUCUUCCAGCAACGAAGAAGCCGAUUCUCCUAACAAAAAGGUGCGAAAGAUCGUUCUUAAGACCAGCAAGUCUGCGACCGCUAGCAACAAUGCUGCCACUCCUCAGCCAGUCACGCCGGCUCUUUCGCAAAUUGAAGCUUCACCCUCUGUCAACAUAUCUGACAUCCAGAGCCUGCAUGAAGGCCUGACCUCUAUUCAGAAACGGGUUUCAGCUACUCUGCACACGACUAGAUUCGCAGUUGAGCUUGACGCGGCCAAGAAGCGAAUUAGAUCCCUUGAACGCCAAAUCCUCGAGGCUAGCUCACCAAAUGGCAGCAUAUCCAAGCUCAAACAAUGUGAAGAAAAACUCGCCAAGUCCCUGAAGAGAAACGAGAGACUGCUUGACGACAACGUUGAGCUCAACAGAAAGCUCAAGGAGGCACGGGCCUUCAUCGAUGAGCUGAGAGUGGAUAUAGCUGAGAUGCAUGACGAAAAAGACCCCAACUUUAAUGAUGCAUUCAAGGUGACCGACGACGAAGUCGAACGUGCUUGGGGCGAAAUCAGAUACCAGAUCUUCUGCUUCGUUUCUCAGGUUCUCACAGUAAAGCCUUACCGAGCUCCAGCCCCUCGGGGAGCGGAUCACAGCGUGGUCGAAUCGCUCAAGAAGAAGCAAAAGAAAGACAUCCACUUAGCUCCGUUCUAUUUUGAGCAGUACAUCUGGCAGUGUCUUGUUCGUUCCAUUUUCCAAGGCGAAGCAGCCACCUUUGGUGGCCCUGCAGGCAGGGUUUUUCAGUUGUUCUGCUUGGACAUCUCUAAGAUCGAUUGCGAGGGCAUGUCAGAACUGAGUCGUGUCAAAGCUCACACAGCCAACUUUUUGAACCAGCAGUUCGAUCAAGACAACAACAAAGAGAUUGAAGGCAUCAUCCAAAAGAUGAACAAAGACCUGUCCAUCUUCAUGGACCCUGACCAGAGGGACAAGGCGGAAGAGAAGCUUGGAAACAUUGUCCGCAAAGCGGUCAAGUUGAACAACUAUUUCCUCAAGUCGAGGGCGUUCUUUGUGACAGACUGGGACGUUGAUGACGAUAGCGAUAACUUCGACGACCUCGUUGUUCGCUACAAGAGUGGCAAAGAGGACGGAGAGUCAGUCGUCGGUGUUCAGAUCUCGCCUAGACUCAGCAAGAUUGGCAAUGCCGAUGGCGAGUUCUUCAACUCGACCAACGCUAUGGGCGUUGCUAAGUUACUUAUGAGGAUGUCAUCGAUGGCAGGGGUUCAUCACUUACAGCUGAUCAAGAUUGUGUCCAUGGGCCCUCUAUAUCUCAUCAUGCCUGCUAUCGAACAAGAUGCGCCCGCGACCAUCGCGCCCCAAAAGUCAACCCCUACUUUCGACCCCAAAGAUGUGACUGUCAUCUUCGUUCUCGGUGGCCCUGGCGCUGGUAAGGGCACUCAGUGCGCCAAGCUUGUCUCGGACCACGGCUUCUGUCACCUCUCAGCUGGUGACCUUUUGCGCGCUGAGCAGGAGAGACCUGGUUCACAAUACGGAGAUCUCAUCAAGGACUAUAUUCGAAACGGUCUCAUUGUUCCCAUGGAGGUGACGAUUGCUCUCCUCGAGAACGCCAUGGCCGCCGACCUUAAGGCAAAGGGUUCGCAAAAGGGGCGCUUCCUCAUCGACGGCUUCCCCCGUAAGAUGGACCAGGCCGUCAAGUUUGAAGAGACUGUCUGCCCCGCCAAGCUUGUUCUCUUCUUCGACUGCCCCGAGGACGUCAUGGAGUCUCGUCUUCUCGAGCGUGGCAAGACCAGCGGUCGUGACGACGACAACGCCGAGAGUAUCCGCAAGCGAUUCCGUACUUUCAUCGAGACCAGCAUGCCUGUUGUCAACCGUUUUGAGGAGGUUGGCAAGGUUCUCAAGCUCGAUGCUACUCCUCCUCCCAGCGAGGUCUAUGCCAACACUGAGAAGGCCCUUGCCGAAAGGUUGGGCCCUGACUUUUAG